AUGAUCCACUUUAGGGAAACAAAAUCCUUCACGUUUCUUUGCUGCUGCUUUCUAACACUAAUUCCCUCCCGUGUAUUAGGAGACUGCACCUGCCAACCCGAAGAUGAAGAUCGGGACAACUCUCUAGCGCUCAAAUACAAGAUGGCUGCUAUAGCCUCCAUCCUCGUCGCCGGAGCCAUUGGUGUUUGCUUCCCUCCGCUUGGGGAAACCGUCAAUGCUCUUCGUCCUGAGAAAAAUCUCUUCUUUUUCAUCAAAGCCUUCGCCGUCAGAGUCAUAUUGUCCACCGGCUUCAUCCAUGUUCUUCCCGACGCUACGGAGAACUUAACGUCUCCUUGCCUCCAUGAGAAUCCUUGGGGGAAGUUUCCAUUCGCCGGACUGGUGGCGAUGGCCGCUUCCAUCGGUACAGUGAUGAUUGAUGUGUUUGCUACUCCUCAUUACACAAAGUCUCACCUUCACAAAUCACAACAGAACAUCGGUGGUGAUGAAGAGAAAACAGAGGAAAACGAAAAUCAUUUGCCGGUUCAUACUCACGCCACACAUAGCCAUGCUCAUGGUUCCGUUUCUAUGGUCCAGCGUUCGGAUUCAGUUCAGCUUCUUCGGCACCGAGUAGUAUCUCAGGUUUUGGAAUUGGGAAUAGUGGUGCACUCGGUGAUCAUAGGGAUAUCUCUGGGUGCUUCUGAAAGUCCAAAGACUAUAAGGCCAUUGGUGGCUGCACUCACCUUUCAUCAGUUCUUUGAAGGCAUGGGGCUUGGUGGAUGCAUUUCCCAAGUAAUACAUAUGCCCAUCUAUUGCAAAAAACGAAUUCAAAAAGGCUAA